AUGGAGAGGGCCCUUAUCUUCGGGGAUGACGACUACGACGACCUGGAGUCGGCGUUCGAUUUACCUGCGGAGAUGCAUAUGACCUUCGAGUUCCCUGACGACGGGGAGCCGGUACCCCGCCAACCUGCCCUCGACUACGUAAAAAACCCCAGCGCCCUUCUCCGCACGCCUGCCGACAUCUACGACCACAACGACUCCUACUCCUUCGUUAUCGAUAUGCCCGGCCUCGAAGCCAAUAUGAUCAAGGUUCUCCUUCUCUCCUUCUCUCUCUCUCUCUCUCUCUCUCUCUAUAUAUAUAUAUAUAUAUAUAUAUAUAUAUCUCAUCAAUUAUAAGGAUAUAUAUAUCGAUCUCUCCCCCAUCUCUAUCCAACCAAGUCUUUCCUAAUCUGUCAAUCUAUCUAUCUACGGACCCACCAAUUGAUCACAAGAUAAUUAUCUAUAUUCACAACGAUCUCGGCAGGUGACUGUAGAAGACGAUAAGAUCCUUCACGUGGUGGGGAGGAGGAGAAAGAAGGCAGCAGAGGAGGAGCCCGCUAAGGCGGAGGGGGAGGUCGAGGCCCGAAGCAAGCCAGAGGCUCCGGCGGCGAGGCCCAUAAGAAUCGAGCGGCGGAGGGCGAGGUACAUGAGGAGGUUCAGCUUGCCCAAGGAUGCCGACAGGGAGAAGGUCAAGGCCUCUUACAGGAACGGCGUCCUGACGGUGAUGGUAGACAAGGUGCCGGCCAAGGGGCAACCUUCCAGGUCCAGAUCCGUCUCCAUCCCCGUGUCCUAA